CAAUACGAAUGGCUUCUUGGCACACAAUUCUAACCAUUGGAGUUGGCAAAAUCAGACUCGGCAACAAUCUGGAAAUCUACACCAUGGCCAACUGAUUUUGGGGUUUAC